AUGAGACUUCCGCGCCGUGUACCGUGGGCACACGUCGGCGAGCUCGAUCAAGUUUGCUCGUGGAUAUACGCGGACGAAAAUGACAUCGACGCGAAGGUGCUCGCAGUCAACAGACUAGCGUCAUGGAGAGCGAUAACCUCGCUCCCACACGCCCUAGAGUCUACCCAUGCUCUACUCACGGCGAUGCUACAGGAGACAGCUUUGCAAGGGCAAGGGUCCUCGUCUUACCUUUCACUCAGACAGAGCUAUGCCACCGCGGUCAUCCGACUCGUGAACGGUCUCGUCGACCCGUUGCAACUAGGCGCAUACGCGCGCUCGAUCAACAGCAUCGCAGCGCAGCUGGGACUGCCCGCAUGGCUCGUCGAACUCCGGCACGCUGCUACGCACGAAGAUUUGCCUAGCAUUGAUGUUCUCAGAGAGGCAGCGCGACAGGCAAUGACGUGGCUUCUGCAUAAUUAUUUCCUGCCCACGCUCAACCCGUCUGUGCCCUCUGCGUCUCAGCUGCAGCGACCGGCACUCCGAUCGCCCUCCCCUUUCCUCAAACAGUACAAGGCCCUGGCGAAAGCUACUGCGCGGGAUGCGAGUCUUGCUAUAAAAUACAAACAUGAUAUAGCACGUAUACUCAGAGAAGUGGAACGGUGGAUCGCCGAAGCGAAGGUCGCGGCGCCUGUUGCAGCUACUGCUUGGGACGACAUCGAUAGUGACGAGGGCGACGAGGGCGACGCCAGAGAACGCUGGGCGCUGGAGCGGUUUGCUGACGCCUUGCUGGGAAAAGGGGCGUUGGUGCCGCUAUCCAAGAAGAAGCGGAUUUUAUCCAAUGAGCCGCUCCACCCUUCUCCAUUCAUUCUCAACAUCUGGACGCCGCUUCUAGCCCAUCUGCAGUCACUCCACCCAAAUCUCGCCGCAGUCCUGGUCACCAAAGCCGUAUCGCAUCUGACUAGCGAGGAGCAAAUAACACAGACGACCGAUGCAGACGUGGUCAUGCUGGAUGCAGAGGAGGACAAACAGAGGAGAGAUGCGUCGUACGACCGCUGCGUCGCCGGCUGGGCAAAAUGGCUCGUCGAUACCUACGGCAGUAAGAUCGAUGACGACUUCGAGGACGGUGAUACGGACCUGAACAGGGCGGACGUCGUCUCGAAGCUGGUCGCAGCCCUCGGACCGACGAGAACUGUCUCAGGUACGAGGGAAAAAAUCGCCCAGGAGCUCCUACGAGCAUUGAGUAAGGGUCAUCAUGCACUUGAAACGGCAUCCUCGCUCGUGCUGAGCCUGCCAACGCCAACUUCGUCUAGCACCUGGCAAGAAGCUGACAUCCAGCUCAUGCACGGCCGCCUCUCUCAAUUGCUAUCUCUCCACACAGGCCCAUCAGCCGUCGGAACGAACGACGCUACUGAGGACGUCGACGCGACGCCUGAAACCAAUACGGACCCCGCCUCUCGGCUGCCGCCUGGAUGGAGAAAGCUCUCGAGGGACGAGGGCUGGAAGCCCUCCCCCAUCGGUGCCUUCGUCCACUGUGUCGCAGCUUGA